AUGUCGAUAGGCACCAUUAAAGUUAAUGAAAAGCAAAUAUCUACUCCCUAUUCCACCCCUUCAUUAUCUCACCGGAAAUCAUCGUAUACUUUUAUGGGGUCUGAAAAAGAGUGCAAGACUAAUAACCCAACCGUUAAAAAUGAACGAAGUGAAACUUCUGUUUGUACAAGAGGCCAUUCUGCUGUUCAGUUAGUUAACCAAAAGCAAUAUUCUGCUAUUCCUUUUUUUGCGAAACAUAGACUCAGAUCAUUCGAUGGGACUUCAAGUCAAAAGCGCAUUAAUUGUUCAUGGAGAUUGGCCGGAAAUGAGUUAAACCAUAUCGACAAAAAGGAGCAUAUUUCCUAUCAGUCUUUUUGCGAUCUUCAUGUCAGCGGUACGCCUAUUCAAAACCCAGAAAUCUAUCCAUCGGAAGGUAUUUCACCCCAAAAGGCAAUUCGUCUUUACAAAGAUAAACUUACACCCCAUGAAUUAGUGGAGAUUCUUAAUUACCACAAAAUCUACUUUGUGGGCCGGGCUUCCAAUAAAGGCCAGAUAUCAUCUUCGAAUUCUGGUUUCGAUGAUGAAAGCGGUACUUACAUUCACACUAUACAUGAUCACAUAGCUUAUCGCUAUGAAGUGCUCAAAAUUCUCGGAAAGGGCAGUUUUGGUCAAGUAGUGAAAGCGUUUGAUCACAAAACCAACACUUUCGUCGCAUUGAAAAUGGUACGAAAUGAGCAUCGAUUCUCUAAACAGGCCGCAGAGGAAAUUCGCAUCCUAAAAUUACUUCGCAAUAAGGAUCUAGCGAACAAUCGUAAUGUUGUUCACCUGUUAGAUCACUUUACUUUCCGUGAACAUGUCUGUAUGACUUUCGAGUUGCUUAAUAUUAACCUUUACGAACUUAUCAAAAGGAGUGAUUUCAAGGGUUUCUCCCUAUCCUUGGUCCGAAAAUUUGCUCACUCUAUUCUAAUUUGUCUUGAUAUGCUACAUCGAAAUAACAUCAUUCAUUGUGAUCUCAAACCCGAAAAUAUUCUGCUCAAGCAUCAAGGACGAAGUAACAUCAAGGUGAUAGACUUUGGAUCCAGUUGUUUUGAAGACCAGAGUCUUUAUACAUACAUCCAGUCCAGAUUUUAUCGAGCACCUGAGGUUAUUCUCGGUUGCAAAUAUAAUUCUUCCAUAGACAUGUGGAGCUUUGGGUGCAUUCUAGCUGAAUUGCUUACCGGGACUCCACUAUUUCCUGGCGAAGACGAAAGUGAUCAACUGGCGUGUAUAUUAGAACUUCUCGGAAUGCCACCAAAGAAAUUGCUUGAACAAAGUCGACGAGUGAAACAUUUUUUUUCUUCAACUUAUGGUGUGCCUCGAUACUGUCUGGAAGUUGAUGCUAACAAUAACGUACAUCUUCGUCCACACAAGACAAAGCGAGGCAGAAUUCGUGACGUUCCAGGUUCCAAAACGCUCAAAUCAGUUCUAAAAGGACGUGAUGAUCCUCUUUUUCUAGAUUUCCUUUCAAAAUGCCUUCGAUGGCUGCCCGAAGAACGAUUAACUCCCCGUGAAGCUUUCCAUCAUGAGUGGCUCCGACGUCAUAAAGAUGGAGAGAAACCUCAAUUAAGGCACAAAACGGAGCAAAGACAUUCACAGCUUCCUCCUACUAUAAUAAAAUCGUUCUCUCAAGUUAGUGAGAGUCAUCACAAGGCUAGUCACUCAGAAGAACCGAAGAAAUCUCCAGAUACAAUAGUUCCUGAAGCAGGAGAUAAACUAUCUUAA